CUCGGGCUGGCGAUUAUUGUGACAACUUCGAACCGAGUGGAGAUUUCGGGUCCUUUUGGCAUCAAAUCAGUCAAGAUUCCAACGGAAAAUGGGAGCCCACCAGCUAUACAGAAAUCAAGGAAAUCAUUCCCAAUUUUCCGGCGCCAGCCAGCGGUGACAUUGUCAUGUACCUGACCUCGCCUAAAUCGGGAAACACAGCCUCUGCUCGUAUGGAAACUCUGUCUAGUUUCCGCUUUCCUAAGGGAUCGAGCAUAUCCUUCCGCUACUGGCUUCGCUCGAGCUACAUGGGCUCUGCCACUCUGUACGCCGCCUUGGCAAUAGAAACACUAGAAUUUGCCACAAUCAUCGACCUCACGGCCGAGUCCUCUCCUGACAACAUCGACUGGGUUGAGGUCUCCGCACCGAUCGACGCCAACGAGAGCAUAAAAUAUCAGAUUAUGAUAUUUGCCUCUCAUACUGUAAGCAAUAUCACUGUGGACAAUAUCGCCAUCGAUGAUAUAGUCAUCAGCGGGCCGGACGACCUACCAGACCGGGAGUGUGAGCCGGUCACGACAACCACUGCGGAGACGACGACCACAGAGCCAACAACAACUACAGCCGAGCCAACAACUGCGACGACCGAGACCACCACGUCAACCACAGAGGCAAGUACUACAACUGAACCGCCAACAACUACAACUGAGACACCUUCAACUACAACUAAACCACCAACAACUACAACCGAGCCGCCCACUACAACCACUGAGGCGACAACGUCCAUUUCAACCACCAGCGAGACAACACAGCCCCCUCCGACCAGCACGGCCGGGCCGGGUCGCGGUGACGACCGCCAGUACGGCUCCAGCGCGCUCCUCUGGGUGGUGUUUGUGGUGCUGGGCGCCUCCACGGUGCUGGCGCUGGUACUGGCUCUGGUGCGGCGGCGGCAGCGGCGGGACGACCUGCUGGUGCCGGACAGCAGCAGCACCAGCAGCGGCAGCGGCAGCAGCGGCUGGUACCAGUACGUCACUGACGACUACUGGACCAGGCUCCAGGGGCGCCUCAGACGUCUGUGGCAGUAGCCUCAGACGUCUGUGGCAGUGACCGGGGACGUGAACCGAUAGUCAGUGGUAGGUCAUACGGGUAUGUAAUGUCUAUCAAUUAAAUCUAUCCGAUAUACGCACACAAUUAUCGUACACGACAGAAUUAUCUUGUGUAGUGAGCAUUGUGCAACAGCAACUUAUAUCUACGUUGGAAAGUGUGGAACUUCUGUUGUACUCGUCACGAUAUGUAAUAUGGACUCACAAGAUAGUUGUCUUGCUAUUCAUACCUCACCAGCUGGGGGACAGAAGAUGUCUUGUCAAAGCCAGUGUCAAUAGGUGACCUGCAUCGACCGGCUUCUGCUGACCUGCAGUAGUAAAUAUAUCAUAUAUGUUAUGCAUUCGUUGUGAUUGAUAUAGUUUGCUUAGUGAGCCUAACCCGAACGAGAUUCAUAAUGCAAUGCCGCUUGUAAGAACUGGGCAGAUUCAUCGAAAGAAAGUAAGGUCGCAAUAAUAGCAUAUACCUACGAUACAUACCGGAUGUCAAACAUGUGCUCAUGCAAAUACAACGA